GAGGGGCGGAUCCGGGGGCGGAGCCUUGCGGGCUGGAGCGAAGGGCUGCGGGGGCUGAUCGCAGAAGUAGCGCGAGGCUGGAAGCGGAUCCCAGGCACCGCCAGUCUUUAGCACCAGUUGGUGUAGGAGGUGAGACCUACUUCACAGCAGUUCUGUGGACAAUCACAAUGGGAGUCCAAGGAGGGUCUGUCCUGUUUGGGCUCCUGCUUGUCCUGGCUGUCUUCUGCCAUUCAGGUCAUAGCCUGCAGUGCUACAGCUGUUCUAACCCAACUACUGACUGCAAAACAGCCAUCAAUUGUUCAUCUGGUUUUGAUGUGUGUCUCAUUGCCAGAGCUGGGUUACAAGUAUAUAACCAGUGUUGGAAGUUUGCGGAUUGCAAUUUCAAUGACAUUUCAACCCACUUGAAGGAAAGCGAGCUAAAGUACCACUGCUGCAAGAAGGACCUGUGUAACUUUAACGAAGAGCUUGAAAAUGGUGGGACAUCCUUAUCAGAGAAAACAGUUCUUCUGCUGGUGACCCCACUUCUGGCAGCAGCCUGGUGCCUUCAUCCCUAAGUCAACACCAGGAGAGCUUCUCCCAUACUCCCCGUUGCUGCGUAGUCCCCUUUCCCUUGCUGCCGCAUUGUAAAGGCAUGAUAUUUUCCAACUGGAUCCUGUUGGGAAAGAAUAAAAUUGACUUGAGCAACCUGGCUAAGAUAGAGGGGCUCUGGAAGACUUUGAAGACCAGUUCUGUUUGCAGGGAAGCCCCACUUGAAGGAAGAAGUUUAAGAGUGAAGUAGGUGUGACUUGAGCUAGAUUGCAUGCUUCUUCCUUUGCUCUUGGGAGGACCAGCUUUGCAGUGACAACUUGAGUGGGUUCUCUGCAACCCUCAGAUUAUUUUUCCUCUGGCUCCUUGGAUGUAGUCAGUUAGCAUCAUUAGUACAUCUUUGGAGGAUUGGGCAGGAGUGUGUGAGCAUCCUCUCUCACAUGAACGCUUUUGUAAACUUCAGGGCUCCCAUGUUGCCAUGGAGGCAUGCCAAAUGUUCCUUAUGUGGGUGUCAGUCAGGGGCAACAAGAUCCCUAAUGCAGAGCUAGAGGACUUCUGGAAGAGAAGUGGGUAAGUGUUCCAGAUGGCAGGGCAUGAAAACUUAAGGGAGAUACAAGUGGCUGAAAGUCGAGUUUUUCCUCUGUCUUUAAAUUUUAUAUGGGCUUUGUUAUCUUUCACUGGAAAAGUGUAAUAGCACACAUUAAUGGUGUGUUAAGGCUAUUUCCUCGCCUUUUUUUUUUAUUGGAAUGGUGGGAUAUCUUGGGUUUGCCACACACAGUUACAGAAUGAACAUUCCGUACAUGUGGCUGGCAGUAUUAAGUGUGCUUAUUUUAAAUGUUACUGGUAGGAAGGCUGUUCAGGUAUGUGUGUAUACAGUAUGAAUGCAAUGGGAACAACUUUUGUGGUUACAGUUUGAGACUUCCAGAGGUCAUCCUUAAUAACAACAGCUCUGCAGGGUUGUUUUACCAUCUGCAUCCAGCCUUCUGUUAACUCCUAGCUGACUCAGCAUAGAUUGUAUAAAAUACCUUUGUAAGGGCUAUUAGCACAGUCACACAUGUUUGAGGCUUUCAGAAGCUCUUUCUAAAAAAUGAUACACACCUUUCACAAGGGCAAACUUUUUCCUUUUCCCUGUGUAUUCUAGUGAAUAAAUCUCAAGAUUCAGUAGACCUUAAUAACAUUUGUGUUUUAUGAUCUUGGCUGUAUUUAAUGGCAUAGCCUGACUUUUGCAGAUGGAGGAAUUUCUUGAUUAAUGUUGAAAAAAAAAAACCCUUGAUUAUACUCUUAGACAAAUUGAGUGCAGUGAAUGAUGCCUUUCUGAAAAUGAACUAUAACAAGUGGAUGAAUGUGGUUGUGGCCCAAAAGGAUAAGAGCAUAUGCAGUAUGCUUAAUGGCAGUAACUGAAAGAAGAUGUCCUGAGCAGUGCCAGCUUUCUUCUGUUGAUGCCAUUCCCUGAACAUAGAAAAAUAGAGACUUGCUUAUCAAAACUCAGCAUUACCUUGGUGUUCUGUGUUCUCUGUUAGCUCAGUGUCUUUCCUUACAUCAUCUUCAAUCCUCUGUUUCAAGACAAAAUACUAGGUGUGACUCUUUCCUCAAUAGGAUUUUUUUUUUUUUUUUUUGGCCUAAGGAAGUACUGACCUUGCCCACAGCCACUGGCUGAGCAAAGAAGCACAUUUCAUGUGAGUUCUAAGGAAUGAGAACGAAUUUUGAUGAAUUUGAGCAGAAAAUGAAUUUCUGGGAACUCUUUUGGGGGCAAGGGGGUGGGGAAUUCAGCCACACUCCAGAAAGCCAGGAGUCGACAGUUUCGGAAGCCUCUCUCAGGAUUCAGAUUCGAGGAUGAGAUUGGCUUACUGCUAUCUUGUGUCAUGCACCCACUUUUUGGCCAGACUACAUUGGGAAGAAGGUAGUCCUCUAAAGCAGAAUCUGGGUGCUGCUAAAUGGGGAGAUGGGAAGAGGGUUGUUAAACUGUCCAAAUCAACAACGGUCAUAUAAAUGGCCCUAAACUUUGGGGUUGCUUUCUGCAUAAAGUUGCUGUGACUCAUGCUAUAGACAAGGUUGAGUACCUGGACAUGAAGGCAAUCCUGUAAUGUAAAGAUGUUUACAGUAUUGCCUUUGGGUCCAGUCUUGCCUACUGGCUCUUUGCUCGAGAGCCACUACCCCAUGCCCUCCUCAUCUGGAUUUACAGGAACUGUCAUAGUGUUCAGUAUUGGGUGGUAACCCCAUUGGACUGUCCCCUUGAGGGGAUGAGCUAGGGGUGCACGGUACACCUGAUGAGUAGGUCAGUAGAGCUCAUGGUAUUUCCUGAAAGAUGCUAAUCCAUUUGCCGAACUGAGUCUUAAAUGUCCUGGGGCUUCAAGGUAUGGGUAUGUUUUUCUUGUGUCCUUACGGUCAGCCCCUAUGACUUCUCAUGUCAUGUGUGUCCUGAAAAAAUAAGAGCCUGCCCAAGACUUUGGGCCUCUUGACAGAAUGAACCAGCUUUAUACAUCUGAGUCCUCUUGGGAAGUCCUUUAGCAGUGUUCAAAGUCUACUAGCUCACAUUAGUUUCGGUUACUGCCAACAGAUCUGAACGAAUGCUGACAGAUCCCCCUGAGGGAUUCUUGAUGGGCUGGCUGGAGCUAGUACUGACUGACAUUCAUUGUGAUGAGGGCAACUUUCUGUACAGGGUUCUAAGCACUAUGUUUUAUAUACAUUUUCAUCUGUACUCACACCUCACUUUACUCAAGGGGAAACUGUGCAAAGUUAGCUGGAUUGCUCAAGGUCGCUUAGGUAGGUUGGCAAGUCCAUGCUUCCCACUCAGCUCCUCAGGUCAGCAGGUCUACUUCUCUGCUGUUUUGCAUACUGUUUUUAAUAUGUGCCUAACUUUGGAAAGCCUAGAAUGGGUUCUUGGUGCUUUUUUACUUUGAAGAAAUCAGUUUCUGCCUCUUUUUGGAAAAGAAAACAAAGUGCAAUUUUUUUUUUUUUUUUUAACUGGAAGAUUACCCAAUAUGAGUUGAACAGGACCUAGUUAGUCCUUCCUGGAAACAGAAGAUCAUUUCAAAACACUAUCUGCUGGUCUGUUUCUCAGUGUCUGCUACUUGUAGAUAUUUCGUUUCAGGAUAGCAGCAGUUAAAUCCGUGGAUUUUGUAGUUAGGAACCUGAGUUCAAACUCUCUUCCACUAAUUGGCUAUGUCUCUGGACAAGGUUUUUUUUUUUUUUUUUUUCCCCCCCCAACCUUUCUGAACUUUCACUUUCUAUACCUACCUCAAAGAAUUGUUGUGAGGCUUAAGGUAAAGGGUCUGCCAGAUAGGAAGAUGCUGGUUACGGACUGACAGGGCUGUUAAGGGCUGUAAGAGUCUCAAACCUACAGCGACUCAGAAUGCAUUUAUCCCCACUGACUUUGAAUAAGUGAAAACUAGCCAGAAGUCUCUCUUUCAAAUUACUUAUAGGUUAUUCAAUGUAACAUUUUUAUAACGGAUAUCUUACUUAUCUAAACUAAAGCUUCCUGUUUAUACACACUCCUAUUAUUCUGGGGUAAGGUAAAUGACCACAGUACCUUAAUUUCUAGGUGGGUGCCCAUGAUGGUUCAUUGUGGGUAAGGACGUUUUCUCUUUUUCAGCAGCUGUGUAGGUCCAGAGCCUCUGGGAGAGGGGAGGGGCAGCAUGCACCCAGCAGGGGACUGAACUGGGAAACUCAAGGUUCUUUUUACUGCGGGGUAGGGAGCUGCCUUUCUGUGAUCAGUUUCCCUAGGGAUGUUGCUGUUCCCCUCCUUGCUAUUCGUGGCUAUAUACAACGUGGCCAACCCCAGUAGGUUGAUCCUAUAUAUGAUCAAUGCUGGCGCUAACUCUCACUAGCCCCACCCAACCUGCCUAUAGGUUUACAGAUACAUUAAUUAGGCAACCUAAAACAUUGAUGCUGAUGUUGGUGUGACAUAAUGCUAUGGCCAGAACUGAAACUUAGAGUUAUAAUUCAUGUAUUAGGGUUCUCCAGAGGGACAGAACUAAUAGGAUAUAGGUAUAUAUGAAAGGGAGGUUAUUAGGGGGAAUUGGAUCCCACAAUUAUAAGGUGAAGUCGCACAAUAGGCCGUCUGCAAGCUGGGAUAGAGAAGCCAGUAGUGGCUCAACCCGAGUUCAAAAACCUCAAAACUGGGGAAGCUGACAGUGCAGCCUUCAGUCUGUGGCCAAAGGCCCGAGAGCCCCUGGUAAGCUACUGGUGCAAGUCCCAGAGUCCAAAGACUGAAGAACCUGGAGUCUGACGUCCAAGAGCAGGAAGAAUGGAAGAAAGUCAGAAGACUCAGCAAACAAGGCAGACAGUGUCUACCACCACAGUGGCCAUACCCAAGAGGCCACCGAUUCCUUCCUGCUACCUGGAUCCCUGAAGUUGCCCUGGUCUCUGCACCCUCUAAAUCUAGUUCUUAAGAGCUUUCAAUUCCAUGAGCUGUCUCAUAGCCCUCCAAUAAAUUCUCCGUGUCAGCUUC